AUGAGCAUAAUAACGACCUGGACAAACAUAGUCGAUAGGAAACUCCAUUCAAACAAACACUACACCAAGAACAUGAACAAUAACAGUAGCAGCAUCAAUAGUAAGCUCAGUAGUGGUGGUGGUUCCACCACCACGCAUGACACCUUUGAAGAGACAAGUGCUCCUGCAAGCACAAUCGAUGCAGUUUAUGACUUGUUUGACUUGUGUCUAUAUUACCUCAUGAACCUUGUCUUGAUGAUGCUUAUAUUUUGCGAUUUGGUGAUCGACUCGAUCAACUCGGCCCUUUACAAGUAUGAGAUUAUCGUGUGUGCUAUCAAGCACCAGUUGCAUAAUAACAUAAACUGA